CUCGAAGAUUCUGCAUUUGCGACAAGUUUCGUGCCCCGCGUCGAGACACUCGACCGAAGAGUGGCUUCUAGAGUCGGACGAAUUGUUGCGCCCCUUGCCGGUAACUGCCCGAUAUGCAACGUUACGGCAAGGCUUUCCUGGACGGCGCCUCCGGACCCUCAUGAUGCAAUCAGGGUCUUUCUCUCGGCGGUGAAAUCACAAUUUCUAAGCUAGAAACUGCUGUAGCUAUAUAGCCAGGUGCUCGUUGCUACUGACGUCUCCCUCUUCAUCAAACUAUCACACUACCUUAUAACAACAUUGUCCAAGAUACCCACAUAUCCCUUUCUAAUACUCAACAAACACGACACAUACACAUCACCAUGGUUCAGAACAAGGGAGUCAUCUUCAAGAACGUGCCAGAGGGAUGGCCAAAGGCGGGGCAGGACCUCGCUGUUGAGGCCCGCGAUAUCGACCUCGAGCAGCAGCUCCCAGAGGGUGCUCUGCUCGUGAAGAACUUCUAUGCCUCAUUCGACCCCUACCAGCGGGGACGCAUGCGUGCUCCCGACGUCAAGUCCUACUCUCCUCCUUUCGAGCUUGGCAAGCCCAUCACCAACCGCUCCAUCUUCAAGGUCGUCAAGUCAAACAGCGACAAGUUCAAGGAGGGCCAAACCCUUAUCACCAUGGGAAUCAGCCCUAUUGAGGAGUACUCCGUUCUCGACAAGGAUGCUGUCGCCAACUGCAUCGAGCUCAAGAACCCCUACAACCUCGACCCUAAGUACUUCCUCGGCCCCCUCGGUAUGCCUGGUCUUACCGCAUGGUCAUCUUUCUACGAGAUCGGCCAACCGAAGAAGGGUGAAACCAUCUUCAUCUCCGCCGCUUCUGGUGCCGUCGGUCAACUAGUUGGCCAGCUCGCCAAGCACGAAGGUCUUACUGUCAUUGGAAGUGUCGGUGACGACAAGAAGCUCGAAUUCAUCACCAAGGAGCUCAACUUCGACCAUGGCUUCAACUACAAGAAGGAGAAGGCUGCCGACGCGCUCGCCCGCCUCGCCCCUAACGGUAUCGACAUCUACUACGAGAACGUCGGUGGUGAGCAACUCGAGGCUGCCAUCAACGCCAUGAACAACUUCGGUCGCAUUGUUGCCUGCGGUAUGAUCUCGCAAUACAACCUUAAGCCCGGCGAGCAAUACCCCAUCCGUAACCUCAUGCAAGUCGUUGCCAAGCGCCUCACUAUGCGUGGUUUCAUUGUCAGCGACGACAACAUGGGCCCCAAGCACCACAAGGAUCACCAGGAGAAGCUCCAGAAGUGGCUCAGCGAGGGCACCUUCAAGGCCAAGAUUAGCGUUACUGAGGGCAUCGACAACGGUGUCGAUGGUUUCCUUGGCAUGCUAGAGGGCAAGAACUUUGGUAAGGCUGUGCUGCAGAUUGCGGACUUGAGCAAGGAGUAAGAUGUUAAAUACCCAAUAUGGCUUUUAAUGAGCCAGCGUUAUCGCUGUUUUCAAUGAAUUGAUGAACAAACAACCA